GUGUGUCUCAGCGCUGCGGUCCUCCUCGGCUCCAUGUUGUUGACAGAGGAAGAGCGGAGACAAAGCGGGCUUUGCGCUGUUUGAGAGGCCGGUACCGGGCGGUGCGCAGUGGUCGUGCGGGUUUUAUCGGACUGGAUAUCGGCAGCACCGAGGCGGACCGAGACCCGUUAUCCGCCAUCCUCUGGACGCUUUGGGACGAGACGUGUCCGCGGCGACGCGCAUGGAGUGCGGUCCUCGGGGUGAAGAUGAGGAGGGGGUCGUUGCCAUGGGGAUCCCUAGCGCUCCUGUCUACUGCAUCUGCAGGAGACCCGACAUCAACUGUUUUAUGAUCGGCUGCGAGCGCUGUAAUGAAUGGUUCCACGGAGGAUGUGUCGGCGUCUCUGAGAAAACCGCCAAGAGCAUCACCGAGUGGUUCUGCCAGAGCUGCAGAGCCCAGGCUAGCCCCGGUGCUGUCUGUGAGGCAGGUAGCGACGGUCGGCUGGAGAUCAAGUUCCGGCCCAAGAAGCUGCGGGAGGAUCCGGAACAUGGCUCCUCCUCCAGGGUGGACAGGAGGCGGGGCUCACAGGUGAAGCGCUCGGCCCGGAUGUGCGGUGAGUGCGAGGCGUGCCUGCGGACGGAGGACUGCUCGCUCUGUGACUUCUGCAAAGACAUGAAGAAGUUCGGCGGCCCGAACCGCAUCCGGCAGAAGUGCCGCCUCCGGCAGUGUGAGGUCCGGGCGAGGAAGAUGCUGCGUGUGAAGGAUGAAGAGGCUGGGGGCGGGGGCCGGGGGCGGGGCCUCCAGCGGAAGGGGGUGGGGCAUCUGUCGGAAGACGACGAUGGAUUCAGCGAGAGCGAAUUGGAGCUCUACCAGCAGUACCAGGCGGCUGGCUACAACCACCUGGUGUGGCAGACUGAGGAAGAGGAAGGAGAUUCCGACCCUGCCGUGAGGAAGAGGAAGACGGCUGUCAGAGUGAAACACGUCAAGAGGAAAGAGAGGAAGACAGAGAAGAAGAAGUCUCUCUCUGAGUUCAAACCUCGCCGCCACAAACCCAAGCAGCGUCACCGUGAACGUGUCCGUCUCAGCGAGAGAGGAGGAGAGCGAGGAGAGCGAGGAGGAGAGAGAGGAGGAGAGAGAGGAGGAGAGAGAGGAGGCGAGCGAGGAGGCGACGGGCCUCAGCAGGAGGUGGCUGGGGGGGCCCACCAGUGCCUGGGCCCCGGCUGCGUUGAAUCAGCCAGAAGUGGAUCCAAGUACUGCUCAGAGGACUGUGGCAUGAAGCUGGCAGCCAAUCGUAUCUAUGAGAUCCUGCCCCAGCGGAUCCAGCAGUGGCAGCAGGGUCCGUGUGUGGCCGAGGAGCGCGGCAGGAAGCAGCUGGAGCGAAUCAGGAAAGAGCAGCAGCAGGCCAGGCUCCGCCUCUCCCAGAUGGAGAGACGCUUCCUGGAGCUGGAGGACAUCAUCUCCACGGCCAAGAGACAGCUGGUGCAGCAGGACGAGGAGGUUGCCGAGGGCGAUGGGGACGACACAGACCUCCAGAUCUUCUGUGUGUCCUGCAGUCAUCCCGUCCAACCCAAGGUGGCGCUGAGACACAUGGAGCGAUGCUACGCUAAGUAUGAGAGCCAGACAUCGUUCGGUUCCAUGUAUCCGACACGUAUUGAAGGGGCCACCCGGCUGUUCUGUGACGUCUACAACCCCCACAGUAAGACGUACUGUAAGAGGCUGCAGGUCCUGUGUCCCGAGCACUCCCGGGACCCCAAGGUGUCGGUGGACGAGGUGUGCGGCUGCCCGCUGGUGAAGGACGUCUUCCAGCCCACCGGAGAGUUCUGCCGCGUCUCCAAGAGGAAGUGCAACAAACAUUACUGCUGGGAGAAGCUCCGCAGAGCCGAGAUGGACCUGGAGAGAGUCAGAGUGUGGUAUAAGCUGGACGAGCUGUUUGAGCAGGAGAGGAACCUCAGGACGGCGAUGACCAACCGAGCCGGCCUGCUGGCUCUGAUGCUGCACCAAACCAUCCAACACGACCCCGUCACCACAGACCUCCGAUCGGCGAGGGACAGAUAGACCUACAGAUAGACCUAGGCUCCACUAGGGACCACUAGAGACAGAUAGACCUACAGAUAGACCUGGGCUCCACUAGGGACCACUGGAGACCACUAGAGAGAGAUAGACCUACAGAUAGACCUGGGCUCCACUAGGGACCACUAGAGACAGAUAGACCUACGGUCGACUAGGGACCACUAGAGACAGAUAGACCUACAGAUAGACCUAUGGUCCACUAGGGACCACUAGAGACAGAUAGACCUACAGAUAGACCUACGGUCCACUAGGGACCACUAGAAUCCCCUAGAGACACAUAGACCUACAGAUAGACCUACAGAUAGACCUACAGAUAGACCUAUGGUCCACUAGGGACCACUAGAGACAGAUAGACCUACUGAUAGACCUACAGAUAGGCGUUGGCUCCACUAGGGACCACUGGAGACCACAAGAGACAGAUAGACCUAGGCUCCACUAGAGACCAUUAGAGACAGACAGACCUACGGUCCACUAGGGACCACUAGAAUCCACUAGAGACAGAUAGACCUACGGUCCACUAGAGACCACUAGAAUCCACUAGAGACCACUAGAAUCCAUUAGAGACAACUAGAGACCACUAGAUACAGAUAGACCUAUGUUCCGCGUGUGUAUGUCUGUGUGUGUGUGUGUAUUUGUGUAUGUAUGUGUGUAUGUGUGUAUCUAUUCCUGACCGUCUGGGUGUGUGUAUGCGUGCGUGUGUGAGUGCGUGUCACUUUACCCGAAGAGAAACAUGAGGUUCAGCUCGUCUCUCCCAAAUUGCUGUAAAUAGUUGCCAUGGAAACAGAUGUCCCGUUUCCGUAAUGACGACCACGUCGACGUCCUCUCUGUGUCACUUCUCUCUUUUAUUCCACAUGAGCCCAGCUCUGUUUCGUGGUGUGUUGUGUUUUAUACGUCAUGUUGAUUUGUUUGGUGAUAUUUCAUGUUGUGUUCCCUUAUUAAAACUACAACAUUUUAUCAAAA